CCGAGGCGGAGUCCGAAUUGUGUCCCAUUUUCUAUCUCCAUUCUCUCCAUUUCCUUUCCUUCUCUUUCUCCUUUUUCUUCCCUCUAACACAUUCCCCUCACAUAAUUCACAAUGAGUGACCAAACAAACGGCGCCCCCGAGCGUUUUGCUAUCGGUAUCUCUUUUGGCAAUACCUCUAGUUCCAUUGCCCGCAUUAACCCUGAGGGCAAGCCCGAGGUUAUCGCCAACGAGGAAGGAGACCGUCAGAUUCCUUCCGUCCUCUCUUACAUUCAGGGUGAAGAAUACCACGGUACUCAGGCCAAGGCCCAAUUGGUCCGCAACUCCCAGAAUACUGUCGCAUAUUUCAGAGAUUACCUUGGCAAGGACUUCAAGUCGAUAGAUGCCACACCAUGCCACAACUCGGCGCACCCUCAGCCUCACGAGUCCACCGUUGCUUUCUCCAUUGUGGACUCCGAGAGCGAGACCCCUAGCACUGUCACCGUCUCCGAGAUUGCGACCCGCCAUCUCCGUCGUCUGAAGCAGUCCGCUUCUGACUACCUGGGUAAGGAGGUCAAUGCCGCUGUCAUCACUGUGCCUACCGACUUCUCCGAUGCCCAGCGUGAGGCCUUGGUUGCCUCCGCCAACGCUGCUGGCCUUGAGGUCCUGCAGCUCAUUCACGAGCCCGUCGCCGCUGCCCUGGCCUACGAUGCCAGACCCGAGGCUACUGUUACUGAUAAGCUUGUUGUCGUGGCCGACCUCGGUGGUACCCGCUCUGAUGCUGCUGUUCUCGCUUGCCGUGGUGGCAUGUACACUAUCCUCGCCACUGCCCAUGAUUACGAAUUGGGUGGAGCCUCUUUGGACAAGAUCAUCAUCGACCAUUUCGCCAAGGAAUUCAUCAAAAAGCACAAGACCGAUCCCCGCGAGAACGCCCGUGGUCUCGCUAAGUUGAAGCUUGAGGGCGAAGCUGCCCGUAAGACCCUGAGCUUGGGUACCAACGCCAGCUUGAGCAUUGAGAGUCUCGCAGACGGCAUUGAUUUCGGCUCCACCGUCAACCGUACUCGCUACGAACUUCUCUCCGCCAAGGUCUUUGCCCAGUUCACUAGUCUGAUCCAGCAGGUUAUCCAGAAGGCUGGCUUGGACGUCUUGGACAUUGAUGAGGUCAUCUUCUCUGGUGGUGCCUCUCACACCCCCAAGAUUGCCCAGCUCGCCCGCAACAUCUUUUCCGAGAAGACCCAGAUCCUCGCCCCCUCCACUCUUACUGGUGCUAUCAACCCCUCUGAGCUCACCCCCAGGGGUGCCGCUAUCCAGGCCUCUCUCAUCCAAGAGUUCGAGAAGGAGGAUAUUGAGCAGUCUAUCCACCCCAUGGUCACUGCCACUCCCCAUCUGAAGAACGCCAUUGGUGUUGAGUUCACCUCUGGUGAAGCUAUCGAGUUCAAAGCUCUCCUGAACGCUGAGACUGCCCUCCCCGCUCGUCGCAUCGCUCAGUACAACGCCCCCAAGAACGGUGGCGAUGUCCUCAUACGCGUCUGCGAGGGUGUCCGCGAGAUCAAGGUCACCAAGCCCGAGCCCAAGCCCAAGGAUGAGAAGCCCGAGGAUGAUGAGGACUCCGACUUCGACUCCGACGAAGAGGAGGAAGAUAUCCGUGAGCUCGUCUGGAAGACCGAGAAGCCCAUUGCCGAGCUUGCUGUCAAGGGUGUCAAGGCCGGCAGCAAGGUUGAGUUGAUGGUCCACGUCAACGCCGACCUGGGCUUGCAAAUCACCGCUCGGGAAGUCGGCGGCCAGAACGCCGUCCGUGGUAGUGUCCAGGGCCCUUAAGUGCCUUGUCACCGGUAAUAUAUAACGUAUUUUCCUCUAUCUAUCCCAACAACAUGACGGUUAAUGCUUUGCUCCUUCCAUGGAUUUUAUUAGAACCUCAAAAUUUUAUUAGACAUCAUGCAUCUCUUUUCCCACCGCGGUAAAUGACAGACGUCCCUAUCUCUGUUUCCGCAUCCUGUCUUGCUAUGACUGUUUGAUGAUGAAUGUAUCAAUGAUGGUUUCGUCAAAAAGUAUAUAGAGAGGCCUAGACUCUAGAAAUUUGGAAUCUCUUUGCAGAACGAUACUCCCUUUCUUUCAACCUCACAGC